AUGGAUCACCGAAAUAGCACCCCGCGCUCGCGCCCGUCGCUCAAAUUCGCGAACCGGAGCUACCAAGCUUCACCUCUUAACCCCAACAAGCGACUGGGCACUCCCCAGACUGCUCCGUCCCAGAGAAUCCUGAACCGCGACCCGGCCCCCUCGAGCAACCUCAACACGAGCACCAUCUCCACCGCUCACAACCUCUUCCGCUCAUCCUCCAUCAGCGCGAGCCCGGCCGUCACCCCCUUCUCGCCGAGUCUGCCUACGAGCACCGCCAAGAAGGUUUUCGCGCCUGGCGCGACUCCGGCCUCGCAAAAGGUUUACCGGGAGACCAUCGCUCAGGCUACCCCGCGAGGCCUGUCGACCAAAUCGACGUCGGCCGACCUUUUCCACAUGCGCAUUCCCUCCCCGCCCCCCGAACUCUCUGGCGAGGCACUUGCGCGAGACAUCCCCCCUGAGCUCGAAGCCAAGGGCACUGUGUACGCAGACCAGUACCUCGGCCACCUUGUGCCCCCUGAAUACGAUGACCUGCAGCGACGCCAGCUCUUCUGCGUCCUGGAUCUCCGCCGUCUCAAAUAUGCUGCCAAUGAGAUAUUUACCAAGAAGGAUUGGAAGCUCAACAUCAUGAACUUUGCAAAAGAGUUUGAAAAGAGUCGAAGCCUGAUCAUGCUCAGAUACGGCCUCUACGAGUUCAAGAACGUCAAACCCUCGGAGGAGGUGUUGAAGAAGUGGAGAACCGCCCACAACCUGCCCGAGCCUGAGGAGGACGCCGUCGAUGCCAGCCCUUCGAGACAGACCACUCGUUCCAAGCGCAAGGCUGAGGACCAGUUGACUCCCAAGGAUGCGGCACUGUCGACUGCCUCCCCCAACAAGAACAACAAGAGACGUGCUGUAGACAGAGAGGAGGAACAAGAGCCGGCCACCCCAGCUGCGAUCAAGAACAAGAGAAGGGCGACCGUGACCGACGAGUCGGACGAGAACCAGCCGAGCAAAUUGCAGAAGUCGACUUCGACGCCCUCCGCAACUAAGAGCAUGUUCGAGAGGGUUGCUAACAACCAGGGGCCGGCCUCGACCCCCAAGGCGACUCCCAAGGCUGCAGAGGCGAAGCCCAAUCCCUUUGGGAGCGUCUCAAAGCCUGCUGCCAACAACCUUUCGCGUUCUGUGCUCGAAGCCAAUAUUAAGCCUGCUCAGCCGUCCAACAUCUUUGGCUAUCUCUCCGAUGCCAGCUCUGCAAAGAAUAGCGGUGUGGAGGCCGACGGCGAGAGCGAAACCGACUCCGACGAUGACGUGGAGACGCAGGGAGCCGGACAGCAGAGCUACGAGCCGAGCGUUGCCGCUAGCGGUGGCGCCGAAACACCUUUGGCCCAGCCAGCUUCGAACCCCUUUGGUGCCCAGAAGCCCCUUUUCUCCAGCACCUCCAGAGAAGGCACGCCGGGCAAGAGCCUCUUCGAUCGCGUUAGCAAGGACAACAGCGGUCGGGCUCUCCGUGCGGACUCGGCUGAGCCCGCGCCCUCGGCCGACAAGACGCCGUUUGCUUCUAACAAGGAUGCCGCGCCCGCUCCUGUCAACGCGACCUGGAACCCCAACUCUCCGAUCAAGUUCAAUGCCAAUGCUCCGGCCAGCAAUGGUCUCUUUGGCGCAUCUACCGCUACCAAUGGGUCUGGCUCCCUCUUUGGCGCUAAGCCUGCCGCACCCGCUUCCAAUUUAUUCGGCGCCACGCCCGCUGCGCCCUCUUCCAAUCUGUUCGGUGCGCCCAAGCAGGAUGAGAAUCCCAAGGCCGAGAAGCGCUCCCGACCUGAGGAGGACACGGGGGCCGAGUCUGACAAGGAAAACAGCUCUCAGCCUCCCGCCAAGUCCACCUUUGGCGGAUUCUCUGGGUUCCAGUCCAAGUCGUCGGAGCAGCCCAAAAAGGAUGAGGCACCGUCCAAGCCGGCGGCUGCGCCGACGUUCGCGUUCGGUGCUUCUGCUUCCAAGGCGGAAGAGGCCAAGGCUCCGGCUCCGGCCUCGAACCUCUUCGGCGCUCAGGACAAGCCUGCGGGCUCCGUCAUGCAGUCCUCGACGCUGUUCGGCGCGAAGCCUCAAGAGGCACCUGCCGCCGAACCUGCUAAACCCCUGUUCGGCGCAAGUAUUUCGGGCACUUCGACUCCUUUCCAGUCGAACUCCCUCUUCGGCAACAACGCGCCGGCAUCGGGUACCUCCAACCUUUUUGGUGCUAAACCAGCCGAGGCUCCCAAGGCACCCGAGGCCGCUUCUGCUUCCGCGGCGCCCGUCUUCAGCUUCGGUGCUAACAAGCCGGCGGAGUCCGCCCCAGCCGCCAACCCUCUCUUUGGCGGCAGCCCCAUGAAGCAAGAUGGGCCGCCAGCGAAGAGGCAAUUCAAUGCCCCAUCUUCUGCACCUUCCGCGCCGUCAGGUGGCAUGUUCAACUUUGGAGGAAACCAGAGCGCGCCUGCUUCCAACCCAUUCGGGGGUGCUGCGUCUGCACCCCAGACUAACGGAGGUUCUAGCGGUCCCCCAAGCUUCGGCUCCGGUGGCGGUGGAUCUUUUACGUUCAGCGCUGGUGGUGGAGGUCAGACUUUCAACAACCCCUUCGCGUCUAACAACGGAGGUACAUCCGAUGCCGCCCCUUCGUCCGGAGGCAUGUUUAACUUUGGUGGAUCAUCUGCGCCUUCCAACGGCUCUUCGCCAUUCCAGUUCGGCGGCGGUUCGUCCUCGGCUGCUCCGUCGAGCAGCACCCCCUUCCAGUUUGGAGCCGGUGCUCCCGCUCAGCCUGCGGCUCCCGCAGCGUCGGCUUCCACUUUCACCUUUGGCGCCUCGACCGGAUCCGCCAACUCCUCGGCGCCCGCCUCUCAGAAACCGCUGUUCGGAGCGUCGACUUCGACGCCCACGAGCAACCUCUUUGGUUCCAAGCCCGCUCAGCCUGCGUCCGGCAUGUUCGGCAACCUGCAGCCUCCGGCCGGUGUUUCGACCACUGGAACCAACUCGCCUUUUAACUUUGGCGGCGCCUCAAGCCUAGCCACUACCCCUGCCACGGGAACUCCCGAGCCGGCUGCGGAAGCGGAGAAGGCUGGUGGUAGUGGCGAAGGUGACGAUGCUGAAGGCAAGCCUCACGAGCAGCUCAAGCUCACUGAGGGAGGUCCCGGUGAGGAAGACGAGUUGGUUGUCCACGACGUUCGUGCUAAGAUUAUGAAGUACAUUCCUGCCGGCUCUGAAGAGGACCAGGACAGCGGCGAUGACCAGCCCAAGAACAAGAGCCCAUGGUCGACCAAGGGUGUUGGCCCGUUCCGUUUACUGAAGCACAAGAACACAGGCGCCGUCCGCAUGCUCUUGCGCGCGGAGCCCCGUGGCCACGUCGUGCUGAACCGAUCCCUCCUUCCCAGUGAGACCUACAAGCCGGACAAGAAGUACGUCAAGCUCACCACCUCCAAUGAGGCCGGCAACGGUCUCGAGACGUGGAUGGUGCAGGUCAAGACUGAGGACCUGGCCAAGACGCUGGUCGCCGCCCUGGAGACCCACAAGUUGGCCAACGCCAAAUGA